UCGAAGCUAGAUAUGAUGCGUCGAGUGAAGAAGUUAGGAUUCAUUCCACCUUGCUGCAACCUUCAAGUGGACCGAGAAGGAUUAGCCAAUCCGCAGACAAAACUAAUCUUUCCAUCGAUCAAUCCGUCCAGCGGAUGAGGCUCGAUGAUGCCCAGAAUGAUGCGCAUCGACCACCUCUUGUUCUUGGGGGCUCAAAUUUUGUUUUUGUCUCCUUGUUCUGUUAUAGCAGUGUUUUUGACCUGUUCCAGGCUUAUGCUGUUAAAUGUGCAUGCCGCAUAUGUUACUCCUACCACAUCACGAGCUUGUUGGUGUUGGGAGCUGAGAAUCAUCAGAUGGGUCUCCUGUCGCUCAUCACCGGCCGGCCGGGCGCCAGCGGGUUCGGGUCGGCGUCCACGGCGGAGCAGGUCACCGACGGCGUCGACGCCUCGAACCUCACCGUCAUCAUCACAGGAGGACCUAGUGGCAUUGGCCUAGAGACGUCGAGGGUGUUCGCCCUGAGAGGAGCCAAUGUCAUCAUCGCGGCGAGGAACACGGAGGCCGCGUCGGAGGCGAAGAAGAGCAUAACGGAGGCGAACCCGACCGCCCGCGUCGAUGUCCUGAAGCUCGACCUCAGCUCCCUCAAGUCCGUCAGGGCCUUCGCCGAGCAGUUCAACUCCAUGAACCUCCCUCUCAACAUCUUGAUAAACAAUGCAGGUGUGAUGUUCUGUCCCUUCCAGCUCUCCGAAGAUGGGGUCGAGAUGCAGUUUGCCACCAAUCACCUAGGCCACUUUCUGCUGACCAACCUGCUGCUUGAUAACAUGAAAGCCACUGCUGAGUCUACGGGUAUCGAGGGCCGCAUCGUGAACCUAUCAUCGAUCGCCCACGAGCAUACAUAUCCCAAGGGGAUUCAGUUUGAUAAACUCAAUGACAAGAAAACAUUCGAUAGAAGGUCGGCCUAUGGACAAUCAAAGCUUGCGAACAUACUACACGCUAAAGAGCUCUCUAGACGGCUCAAGGAGGAAGGAGCUAACAUCACGGUUAAUUCCCUUCAUCCUGGAGUAAUCAUGACCAAUUUGAUGAGGCACUCCUAUGCUGUCAUGAAGGCAAUUCAACUUGCCACUUGCUUGAUCUGGAAGAAUGUACCCCAGGGAGCAGCAACCACUUGCUAUGUAGGGCUCAGCCAUGAGCUCAAGGGAGUUACAGGCAAAUACUUUGCCGACUGCAACGAGGAGAAGACAAGCGAAUUGGCGAAGAGCGACAUCUUGGCGAAGCAACUCUGGGAAUUCAGCGAAGAGCUGGUCAAGUCUGCGCAUCAGAUCUGAAAGCAGGCGACAGAAAGGCAUAGUAGGAACCUACCACAUGCAUGGUGAACCAAUGUUGUUCAUUAACAAAUUCCGUGCUUGUUGUUUUGAUCGUAACCUAAGAUCAAUAUGCACCCUGGUUAAAUUUCUCUAAUGUGUUUGCUGAUCGGUUCUCGAUUGGGUUAAUGGGACUGGUAUAUGUCGUCCUAGUUUCA